AUGUUGACCACAAUCAUCCUAUGUCUUUGCAUUGCAACCAUUAUGAAUGCAGGUAUGUUUGUGCAUCAAGCAUUUGAAAAAAUAUAUUAUUACGAUUAAAAGAGUUGUCCUUCUACGUGAAAAAGACAGUCCGCAAUUGUGCAAAUUGUGCACUACAUAUUUCGAACUAACUAGACUCAGAAAAUUCCCUGACAGCUAGCACGCCAGCCGGCAGACGGCCGUCGAAUUCUGAUCUUAAUUUGCAAGUAGCUGGCGUGCUAGCUGUGGACGCACAAAGUUGAACAAAAACAGCUUUGUAUUUAAAAAUGUUAGGAAAUUAAUCUGUCCCAAAUUUGCUGUCCAGAAUGCGCUAUUCAUGGGCAGCCUCUUGAACGCUCUAGGGGCUGGUUCUAAGAGCAACACUGGUGCAUUCAGGGGGCGGCCUAAGGGCAAUCGAGAAAAACUAGGGUAUGACGUUUUUUUUUAAUUUCCGAAUUCUCGAUAGGUAAAAAAUUGUUUUUCGAAUUUUUUUCAAAUCAUUUUUUCUCCAAGAAUUCAAAUCUAAUCAAAAUAUUUGAUUUUCUUUUGAAUGAGCUUUUUUCGACUUUUAUUUUCUAUUCAGCCUUUCCACGAGAUUUUUAAAUCUAAUCAAAAACUUCGAUUCUUAUAAUUUUUGCAGACAUGCUGCAGAUCUGCAAAAUUUUUUGAAAUCUGCAGCAGACGCGCAGCAGGCACGCACUUGUCUGCAUAUCAGCAUGUAUUUUCAUCUUCAGUGCCAUGCAUGCGAGAGAUGAAGAAUUAUUUAUAUAAUCUGCAUGACGGACACAUGACAAACACUGUUAUUUUUUGUGUAGGGGGAGGAGCUUGCCUUCCUUAAAGGAUCGUUUGAAGUACGCUCAAAGAUCACUUAAAGGAUACUUUUUUAGUGUUACAUUUUUGUUGGAAUUUUGUAUUGUUUCAUGAUUAUAACACAUAAUUUCUCUCUUUUUUCCGGUCUUUUUCAUCCUUUGAAAUUUAAGGAUGAAACAUUUUUUGUUUUCCUUUAAAGGACGCUGGAAGGAUGAACGGUCCUUCAAGCGUCCUUAAAGGAUCCUUCGCGGAUUGCCUGUGUAUUAAAAACACGAGGAUUCAAUCAAUUUGACAAAAUUACAUGGAUUAAUUCGACUGAUUCACCCCAUUAGAAAUGCCAGUGUAUCGUAAAAAUUGUAAAACUCAAAUUUCCCGGGCUCGUGACAAAAAUCAAAACUUCUAAAAAAAUCGCUUUUCCACUCAAGAAAAACAAAUUUUCAAUUUUCAAUUUUAAAGGGGUUGUCCUUCUACGUCGAAAAUCAAGUCCGCAAUAGUGCGUCACUUUUUAAAAUUAACUAUAAGCAAGCCUAAAGUUGAUUAAAAUCACUUUGCAUAGUUGAAAAAUGUUAGGAAAUACGUUUCGCGAGAAAUACACACAGAUAAAUUAUGUGUGUGAAGAGCACACAUGUUUUUUAUAUGCACUAAAACCCUAAAAAAACUAACAAAAACAUGAAUAAAAUGGUGAAAACUCGCUCUAAAAUCAAAAUAAAAUAUGGAAUGUUUCAGGAGCACCUUAGCUCUAUCGAAUAUCGAAUGAACAUAAGUUUCCUUGUAGCAGGACAACCCCUUUAAAAACUAAAUUUUUAACAUUAUUAAAGGUAAUUCAACAUCGACAAAAUCGACAACAACAGCUAACCUCUCUUCUGAACAUGCAUUAUCUCCUUUACAUUUAGUCAUUGACGAAGAGCUGAACAAGAUUGCCACUUCCUGCAUCACACAUCCAGAUCACGAGCGACUUUCAGGCUAUAUACUCAAAUGGCGAUUAGCGCGUCUUUUUAAUUUUCUAUUGAUCGAAGAAGCUGAUGCAAUUAUUGGACUUGAAGAGUUACGCGCUGCUCUUGGCUUCGCUCCUUCGGGAUCAUGGAAAAACUUUCGGAUUACAAAUAAAGCUGAGCUAAUUUCCAUCACCAAUUUGCAAGAAUACUUCGAAUUGACGGUUGCCACCGAAAAUCGAAGUCUUGACAGCGAGUAUUUUUACGAGAAAAAUCUCGCGCCCGUUAUCGAUUUUUUGGACAAACGCUUUCCAACCAUUCGUCAAAUUUUUAAGCAAAAAUUUGAAGAGAGUUUGUGUGUUAAUGGUGGAACAAAUAGUAUUAACAAAAAGGUUGUUGACGAUAUGAUUCACGAGUUUCGAACUAUUCGUGGCAAAGUCAAUAGUGCAAUGUCAGAGAUGAACAGCAGAACAAAUGAAUGCGAAUGGGCUAGAAAACAUCGGAACAAUUAA